GACCUCCAGAUAAACUUCCUCAGCCCACAAGGCCUUCACCGACAGUCCCACCAGCUCGCUCACACCCUCCCGUCGAUCCACGCAAAAAUGACAGGCAGACACGGCCGCCGCGAAUACCCACAGGCGAUAAACCAACACACCCCAACGCCAAACCUGACAUCUGUGACGGCGGCUUCAACACACUCGCCAUACUCAGGAGAGAGAUGUUCGUCUUUAAGGAUCACUGGUUUUGGAGGGUGAGAGAUAACGCCGUGAUGCCCGGCUACCCGAUGCUCAUCAAUGUCUUCUGGAGGGGUUUGCCGCCCAAGAUUGAUGCCGUCUAUGAAAACAGCAAGGGAAAAUUUGUGUUCUUUAAAGGGAAGCAGUUCUGGGUGUUCAAGGACACAAUGCUCCUGCCCGGAUACCCGCAGGACAUCACAAUGUUUGGGAACGGCAUGCCGGCGCAGAGUAUAGAGAUGGCCGUCUGGUGGGAGGACGUGGCCAAGACCUACUUCUUCAAAGGAGACAGGUAUUGGAGAUAUAAUGAGGACAUGAGAACGAUGGAUCCCGGUUAUCCCAAGUCCAUCACGGUGUGGAAAGGCGUCCCAGAUUCUCCACAGGGAGCAUUUGUGGAUAAAGCGAACGGUUUCACAUACUUCUACAAGGGCAAAGAGUACUGGAAGUUCAACAACCACAGGCUGCGUGUGGAGCCGGGUUACCCUCGUUCCAUCCUCAAAGACUUCAUGGGCUGCGACCUCGUGCCCAUCGACCCGGACCUGCACGCCACCGAGGACAAAAACGAGGUCAUUAAACUGGACAACGAAACCAGCACUGUCAAAGCCGUCGCCAUCGUCAUCCCCUGCGUGCUGGCGUUGUGUCUGCUGGUGCUCAUCUACACCGUCUUUCAGUUCAAGCGGAAGGGGACGCCCCGACACAUACUGUACUGCAGACGCUCCAUGCAGGAGUGGGUGUGAAGCGGACCACCACUGGAGGAUAUUUGGUGGAGAAAACACCCCCCCAAAAAACCUGCAGGACAGCAAGAGCCUUUGCUUUGAUUUCCCUCUCCAGGAGACGAGGGGUGCGUUUAUGCUCUAACAACCCCCCCCAAAAAAAACAACAGGACGUCCAGGAGGCUCGCGGGUGCAUUCAGUGCCACUGUCCGACGUGGAAAUUGCCGAUUGCUAUACCUUUAGGUUUUUACGAGUGCACGCUAAAGAUUAAAAAAAGCAAAAGAAAAUUUGUUGUUUUUUUGGGCUCCGGUCUAUUUAUUUUAUGCGAACCGAAAAUAUGUCCCUUUAAAAAAAAAAAAACAUGCUCCCAAAACCAAAUAAAAGACUCUCUCCAAAGAGGAUCGUACUUUCUUUUGACGCUUUCGUCACUUUUAAUUGUUUCGUUUUCUCCUAUCUUACGUUUUUUUGACUGUUGUGGCAGUCUGUCUCAAAAACAGGGGCCAAAAUUUUUGCAAUAUUUUUUAACAGCCUUAAUUACGGAUGGUGUCGUUUAAGUCGUUUGUUUUAUUUUCGAGCUCCGCUUCAUAUUUUUCGUCUGAUGGAAAGGCAGUGCUAUAUUGCUUUGAGAUUGAAGAUUGGUGGUUAACCUCAGCCUAAACUGAAGCAUAUCAAACAGAGGGAAGACCAAGCCACUGCAAUGAAGAAUCACUUCUUUUCGAAUCCCUUCCGAUGGUUGAACUGCUUGAACCAUAUCGCUCGCUUGUUUGGUCGGAUCUGAGAGUUCCUUUCUUUUUAUAAACCGAAAGAUUCGAGACAUGAGCAUGUCAUCUCCUUCGGACUCUGCCUUGUUUUUAAGGUCUGAAUGGGAUCCUAAAAUCUUGACCUUUGAACCCGAACCACCAGAGCAACUCAGGACAGCGCUUGAUUCAAAGUGUAUGCAAGCCUUCACAUCCAGUCCUGUGUCUUUAUUAUCAACCGAGAAGAAAAUCGAGGAUUUAUCAUGUAACGUUUCACCGUUUCGCUUGUGAUUCGAGUUUCUGCAACAGGACGAUUUUUUUAAUGUUUAUUUUUUGAACUCUUAUUUUUGGUUCUUGUGUUCUCUCGCAGUCUGACUCUGAGUCGAUUCUUUGCAUUGAACAGAUGUUUGAACAUAUACUUAUUUGCUUGCAUUAACUUUUUUUAAAACGUUUUAGGUUUUAUUUUGGUACAUUUGAACAAAUCGAAUGGUCUCAACCUCAAUUUAAAGUGGUACUCACCGCACGUUUCCUUUAGAUGUGAAAAAGCGUCUGCGCUCUAAAGGAAAUCAUGUGUGUUUCUGGCAAGCGGUGUUUGAAUGUCUGUCUAUUGAUGCUAGAUUUUUCUUUUUCAUUGUUUUACAAAAAAAAAAAAAAAAAGGAAAAAUAUGAGACAUUCUUCAAAUUCAUGUACUUCAUGACUCGGUUUGGGACGAACCGUCCUGACAGAUUUAAUAAAUUAAUCAGUAUAUGAUUAAAAAUGCCUUUC